GCCUCAUUUCCUCACGCGCGCCGGAAGUGGCUGUUGGCGGCGCGGCGGCGCGCCCAGAGGGUGGGCUGUGAAGCGCGCCGGGCGCCGCCCGGGUAUGCCCGAGGCCAGGGAGGAGGCUGCAGCCCUGCGCAGGCUAGUGAGUGCGAAAAGUCACCACCUGUAUAAUGGAAUUUUAUGUGAUUGCAUAGAUCAGAUUUCUUUAUUCUGGAUAUCAUGGUAACAAUACAGGAUGUAUGCAUUAUUUCUCAUUUCUGCAAGUAGUCAUCACUGCUGAAGGAAGAAAUUUUUUCACACUGCAACAGAAUUCAUUUUGGUAUUUUUAUGGAAAUCCUGAUCUUGUUUUCAGUUUUUGAUAAUCUCUUGCUAAAGGUAUGAACAAGCAAAGAACUUACCUUAUCAGGCAAGUCCACAUUAGUAAGAAUGCCUAGAAGAGGAUUAAUUCUCCAGACCCGGACCCACUGGCUUUUGUUGGGUCUUGCUUUACUCUGCAGUUUGAUAUUAUUUUUGUACCUUCUGGAAUGUGCCCCCCAGACUGAUGGCAAUGCAUCUCUUCCUGGUGUCAUUGGGGAAAAUUAUGGUAAAGAAUAUUAUCAAGCCCUCCUACAGGAGCAAGAAGAACAUUAUCAAACCAGGGCAAACAGUCUGAAACGCCAAAUUGCCCAACUAAAACAAGAAUUACAAGAAAUGAGUGAGAAGAUGAGAUCAUUGCAAGAGAGGAAGAAUAUAGGGGCUAAUGGCAUAGGCUAUCAGGGCAACAAAGAACAAGCACCUAGUGAUCUCUUGGAGUUUCUUCAUUCUCAAAUUGACAAAGCUGAAGUUAGCAUAGGAGCCAAACUACCUAAUGAGUAUGGAGUCAUUCCAUUUGAAAGUUUUACCUUAAUGAAAGUAUUCCAGUUGGAAAUGGGUCUCACACGCCAUCCUGAGGAAAAGCCAGUUAGAAAAGACAAGCGAGAUGAAUUGGUAGAAGUCAUUGAAGCUGGCUUAGAGGUGAUCAAUAGUCCUGAUGAAGAUGAUGAACAGGAAGAUGAAGAUGGUCCCCUUGGAGAGAAGCUCAUAUUUAAUGAAAAUGACUUCGUAGAAGGUUAUUAUCGUACCGAGAAAGAUAAGGGCACACAGUAUGAACUCUUUUUUAAGAAAGCAGACUUUAUGGAAUAUAGACAUGUGACCCUCUUCCGCCCUUUUGGACCUCUCAUGAAAGUGAAGAGCGAAAUGAUUGACAUUAGUAGAUCAAUUAUUAAUAUCAUUGUGCCACUUGCUGAAAGAACUGAAGCAUUUGUACAGUUUAUGCAGAACUUCAGGAAUGUAUGUAUUCAUCAGGACAAGAGAAUUCACCUCACAGUGGUGUAUUUCGGGAAAGAAGGACUAUCUAAAGUCAAGUCUAUCCUAGAAUCUGUCACAAGUGAGUCUAGUUUUCACAAUUACACGUUGGUCUCACUGAAUGAAGAAUUUAAUCGCGGACGAGGACUAAAUGUGGGUGCCCGAGCUUGGGACAAAGGAGAGGUCUUGAUGUUUUUCUGUGAUGUUGAUAUAUAUUUCUCAGCUGAAUUCCUUAACAGCUGCCGGUUAAAUGCUGAGCCAGGUAAGAAGGUGUUUUACCCUGUGGUAUUCAGUCUUUACAACCCUGCCAUUGUGUAUGCCAAUCAGGAAGUACCGCCGCCUGUGGAGCAGCAGCUGGUUCAUAAAAAGGAUUCUGGUUUUUGGCGAGAUUUUGGCUUUGGAAUGACUUGUCAAUAUCGAUCAGAUUUUCUGACCAUUGGUGGAUUUGACAUGGAAGUGAAAGGUUGGGGUGGAGAAGAUGUUCAUCUUUAUCGAAAAUACUUACAUGGUGACCUGAUUGUGAUUCGGACUCCAGUACCUGGUCUUUUCCACCUCUGGCAUGAGAAACGCUGUGCUGAUGAGCUGACCCCGGAGCAGUACCGCAUGUGCAUUCAGUCUAAAGCUAUGAAUGAGGCCUCUCACUCACAUCUGGGGAUGCUGGUCUUCAGGGAGGAGAUAGAGAUGCAUCUUCACAAGCAGGCAUACAGGACGAAUAGUGAAGUUGGUUAACGUAAUCAUUGACACAUUUGUCUGAACCACAAACCAGCUCUAUUUAUUUAGCCUUAAUUCCGAUUCCAGACGCAGUGCCUCUUUCACAGAACACAUGCUCAUCUUUUGUGUUCUUUCUGACAUUACUUUAGCAAUUUAACUUCAUACAAGAAGAAAAGCAAGCGUUUCAAUGCAAAGCCUCUGUUUCAUGAGAGAACUGCACUUUGGAAUGACAAAUCAAAAUCCAGAGUUUGUCCCCAAAUAGUUUUGAGUUAGUUUCUGCCGUGCACCCACAUUCUGAUGUGUCCUGAUUGCAUCGGAACAGAGGAAUGGAAUAUGUUCUGCUCGUGGAGGGUUAGGAGCAGCCAUUCCUUAUAGAGGAUGGAGAGCUGUGGAGGGGGUGCAUGGACAAGUGCUCUUCACCUGCCAACCCCUGGGUCAACCAACCUGCAUGAUUUUUAAAUGAAGACCUUUGGUCAAUUACUUGAAGAAUCCUUUUUCUCUGAAGCAGAGGAUAAAUAAAUGACACAUCUAAAAUCCACCACCAAUCGAGAAGGCAGAAACAAAAACCCCUUAAUGUUGCUUAGCCUCUAGAAUGUCUAUUUUUAAACAAAUAGGUAAUAGAAGAAAAUACAUAGGUUAGAAUCUGUGACCUGAUUAAAAAUAUAAUGUGUUAUUACUUUACCGUCAUGUUGAGGAUUAGUAGUCAAAGUUGUUGUAGACUCUUUUGAACAAAAAGGAAUAAACAUGGAACUGUCUUUGAUAGAACAUUUAACUGUAUUGGAUUUCAGGACGCUAGGAUGUGCCUGAGAACAUCAGUUCAUGUGAUCAGGGCUCUAUGAAGGCCUUCUUGUGGUGGCUCAGAGUGGAUGAGCAGACAUUGUCUUGUGGUUUUUUGCUUUGCAUAGUCUCAUUUAGCAUGAAUCCAUAUGUAUUUAUUAUCCUUUUAUUUCUAAUAUGUUAAUAUAUGCUACAUCUGUAUUUGCAAUAUUAUAAAACUUUGAGAGAGAGUUUCACUGAAGGGAGAAAAAACAACUUAAUGAGGUAUACCAUAAGAUCACACUGAUUUGAGAAAAACAAGAGGUAGGUAGUCUGAAUGGAAAUAUGAAUUACAAAAUAUUUUAGAGAAAUAUAUUACUUGCAGAUAGAAUGAUGCUUUAAUUGAGGUAUAAAUUAUAUUAAUGAGACAAGAUGAAUAAUAAAUUAUAUUCAGAUAGAACUAUACUAUGUUAUUUAUCACACCUGGAUCUUUUACCAUGUGGUCAAUUGCUAGACCUAGAAAUUGGAGAUACGGUAAAAGGCAUGCAUAGAUUUUUGAACUUCUGCUUUUAAAAGGGACCUAUAUUGUCUUCUUUCUAUUUAUAUAUAAACCCUUGAAAAUUCACAGAAGAAAACUCAUUAUGCUUUUUGUUCAGUAAAUCAUAUCAUCUGAAAUACUACAAAUCCCAAAUUUCUUGGUGCUACAUGAAUACAAUUUUACAAUAAUCCUUACUAAUUAUUCUUAAAAGUUUUAAGUUGGGGUAAACUUAGACUUGUUUUUUAACAUGUGUAGAAUAUUCUCUGCAAAAUAUUCAGGCCAUUGUCUCCUUUUAUAUACAAUUAUUUAUGAAGACCAGUGAAUUAAAGUAUUUCAAGUGAGAGAACCAGUUAUUUGCAAAUGUUUUAUUUGCAAAGGUACGUUGCAGCCUCGUUUUUUGACAGGAUCAAGUGAUUUGACCUUUUCUCCUAUUUUUUUAAACUAGCUUUUAAUUUAAAGAUGGAAGCUAAACAAUGUAAACAUUUAAAACUGUUUCUGACAUUAAAUGGUACCAAUAAAGUAUUUUAUUACCAAAAGUU